GUGCGCGUGAGUCAGUAUGCCAUGUCGUCCCCUGGCUCGUCGUUUGUGCAGAUAAAGCACGAGGACCUGCUCUUCUAUGAGAACUGUGGAGGAGGCAGCUUCGGGAGCGUCUACAGAGCCCUGUGGAUUUCCCAGGACAAGGAAGUGGCUGUGAAGAAGCUCCUGAAGAUUGACAAAGAGGCUGAGAUUCUUAGUGUCCUGAGUCAUAAGAACAUCAUUCAGUUUUAUGGAGCCGUGCUGGAAUCUCCCAACUAUGGCAUUGUCACAGAAUAUGCCAGUGAAGGGUCUCUGUAUGAGUACCUCUCCAGUGAGCAGAGUGAGGAGAUGGACAUGGAGCAGAUCAUGACGUGGGCCAUACAGAUAGCCAAAGGGAUGCAUUACCUCCAUGCAGAAGCUCCAGUCAAAGUCAUUCACAGAGACCUCAAAUCACGGAACGUGGUAAUGACAGCAGACAGAGUGCUGAAGAUUUGUGACUUUGGGGCGUCUAAGUUCCUGUCCCACACCACCCACAUGACGGUGGUGGGCACUUUUCCCUGGAUGGCUCCUGAAGUCAUUCAGAGCCUGCCUGUCUCCGAGACCUGCGACACCUACUCUUAUGGCGUGGUGCUGUGGGAGAUGCUGACUCGGGAAGUUCCUUUCAAAGGUUUUGAAGGGCUGCAGGUUGCGUGGUUGGUGGUGGAGAAACAAGAGAGGCUGACCAUCCCCACCAGCUGUCCAGCAAGUUUUGCAGAGCUGAUGAGGAAAUGUUGGCAAGCAGACCCAAAGGAGCGUCCACAGUUCAAACAGGUGCUGGCAACCCUGGAGACCAUGGCCAACGACAGCAGACUACCGGACCAGUGCAACUCCUUCCUACAUAACAAGGACCAGUGGAGGUGUGAAAUUGAGUCGACCCUGGAGCGCCUUCGGAAGCUGGAGAGAGAGCUUUACUCCAAAGAGAAGGAGCUGGAGGAGAGGGAGAGGAGGCUCAGACUGUGGGAGGAGAGGCUGAUGGAGAGGUCCAACAUGACUCCCAGUCCGACCUCCCUACUCAUGGAGCGCUCAAACAUCUCACCAUUCUUCACACCACUGUCCAUCGGUUCCUCUGGCUCUUUCUUCCGCUCGCACUCUCAAGACUCCAACAGCACAGGGAUCAGCAGUGCUGGCGUCAGCAGCGCCGGCGUCAGCUGUCUCCUCCGCACCCUCAGCAAUGGAGACACGGAGAGGGGCAGCAGUACGGUACUGGAGAGGGGGAUGGGUUCGCUCGACAGCGGGAGGCUGCAUGCCAUGCUCCGAGGGUUGCAGGGCAGGUUCGGGGAUGAGGACGAGGAACAGGAGGGAACCCUGGAGGAGAAAAACUGGGGGCAGAGGGAGAGAGAUGACAGUGGGAGUGGGUUUGGAGAGGCGGAAGGGGAGAGAGAAAAAGAGGGAGGAUGGGAGAUAGAAAAGAUGGGGGACAGGUUAGAUGAAAGAGGGAUGGAAGGGGGGAUAGAAGGGGGGAGGCUCCCAACCAUGUUUAAGGGUCUGCACGGGAGAUUGGGGGGCUUGGGGGACAUGCUGUCUUUAGACAUGAAUGAGAUGGGGGAAAUGGAGAGACUAGGUGACAUGGACAUGGAGAUGGAUAUGGGUGACCUGGGAGUGAGGAAGGUCGUAGGUCACGGCAUCAGGAGUGAGGUGGGGGUCAGGGGUCGCAGGAGUGACAUGGGAGUUGUGGUCCAGGGAGUCCGAGGUGACCUCAGCGAGGCCAUCAGCCAAAAGAUUAGAGGUGAAGUAGGGGUCAUUGGUCAUUCAGGGGUGCAGGUGAGCAUGCAGUCUUCGUCCAAUCAGAACUCUGUGAAGAGCUGCAGUGUGCGGCAGGGAACCAAGAUCAACAUGGCGACCGCAGCCAUGGACAUGAUGGAGUUCGACUGGCCUGACAGUGACUAGAAAACACACAGGAGCACACACACACACAGAAAACACACAUAGAAAAUACACACAGAGGCCAAACUAGAAAGAUUUUGACUUGUUAGCACAUGCGAGCUACAGUAUGUGCGUUAGGAUCUCCAGUUAAAAAAAAAGCUGGCAGACACACAUUUCUUUUGUUAAAUUCUUUUUUAUAGAAUGGAUGAAUACUACGCCCAUGUGUACUGUGAAGUAGGAAGGAGCAAAGAGACAAUAAGAGGUUGUCUUGUCAUGUUGUCAGACUGACUUCACCUGUGUAAUUUAAUGUGCUAUUAAACUGCUGCAUAACAUACUGUAAGAGGUACAAGUGUUACAAAAUAACACACUUGAAUGCCGCUCUAAUGAGGCAGCACUUCUUUUUCCUGCUUAUCAAGAAUCUUGUAGUUUAUAGAUUUGGUUUGUUCAAAACAAGCUUAGACUUCAUCAGUUCUAACUGUGAU